AGUCUUUGGCGCCCAAUUCUGCGAACCACUCGCUCUGGGCGGCGCCCGUCUUCAAAUACUUGUAAAGAGAGAAAUGCAGAUUCGGGUGAAGUGCACCUGUGGUGAAAGCGAAUGCUCGGAGUGGGUUAUUGUGGAAUUGCAAGGCGUGAUCGAGCCACAGGCCGCCUACCAAGAUCGUCUUCAGAACCUCGAAAUCGGCAAACUAUGCCGCCCUUCCGAACAGGAAACCUAUACUUUUACUAUUGGAUAUCAUGAACUGACUGGGUCCAAAGUGCCACUAAAGAAGCCAAUGGUGGUAUUAAAGAAAGUUAAAUUGGGAGGUGAAGAUUCAAAUGGCAAUCCAAGUUUGUCCAAAGUCGAAUUGGAGGUUAUAGGAAUCAUACGACACCGAAUCCUUUUCAAGAGCAGACCCAAAGCUUUAAUUUCAAGUAAGUUACAAUUGUUUCUAGCACAAACUCAAUAUAAUGUUUACAAAUCCAAUAUGGAAUCCGACUCAGGCGGGAAGCCUCGAGGAUCGCCGCAGCAGUUGAAGAAUAGUGGGACAGUCAGGCGGACUCGGGAAAGGCAACUUGUGAAACUAGCAAGCUGUGCUUGCAGAUUCAGGAACCCGUUUAUAGGUUAUUAUCAUCAGGUUGAAACUAUGCUAUUAGUUCCAGAAAUGAAUCCUUAUGGCUCCAUAUACCAUAGUGCUGAACUCAAUAAUGAUAUAGGAUUCUUAUAUCUAAUUGCAAUUAAUCAAGAAAAGGCUAAAUCGGAACAGGUGGUGUCUGCCACAAGUAGGAGAUUUACGACCAAUCAGAUCUGA